AGCUCUCGUUUUCAUUUGUUCACGUUUCCAAAGAACAAGAAAGAAGAAACGGAAAGCGGGUGCGCGUGUGCAUCUCCGCAAGCGAGUGAGAACACACAAGCGCAGCAGCUACUUGUUUCUCCCCUUCUCCUUCUCUUUUUUUUUUCUUCGCAGAAACCGGCUGCCCACACAAUCUGUCCUUACCACCACCGCCUCAUAUCUAAGGCACAAUAUCACAGGGAACAUCAGCAAAGACGAUUGUAAGGACCCGCGUGAAAGAUCACAAAAUAGGCUCCUCUGUCAAACCGCCUUAUAUCACUCCCACUUGAGUCUCUACGUGCAAGUUGUAUCUUUGGAACAAAAAAAAACUUUUUUUUCUUUCCCCUGUGCACUCAACGCACACUGCACCGUACGCGCCUCGGAAGCCCAAAUUGUGUCGCGUGUCUUCACGCAUCCGCCAGCGUCUCGCACGUUUCUCUUUUGACUUUUGUAGAAGAGCAAAUACUAGCGUUUUCUCUGUCAUCCCGCACCUCUGCCUCUGCUCUCUUUUUCUUACUAUUACUGCUGUCGUGAAGAUUACCUGAUUCUUUUCGAUUGUAGUCUCCGUCAGCUUCUUCUGCUUUCAAUGGUGUUUCGCUUUCUCCUCUCGUGUGCCGAAAACAUCUUCUAGUCGGUUCUGCCUUAAUUUCGUUCUCUUACGUUGUUGUUGUUUUGCACUUCGCUUUGCAUCUUAAAUUUCAUAAGAGGGAAUAGAAAAGCUUCGCAUCGGGAGAUUUCUAACUGAGUGUUGUCGGGGCGGAAGCCAUUGUGAUGCAAUCCUAAGGCUUCGUUCUCCAUUUCUUGUCGCUGGCUCUCUUCUUUUGUUAUAACCGUCUUAUCUGGGACUGCUGGGCCUUUCAUUCAAUAAGCUGCGAUUUGUUCGUUCUUGGAAGCUGCUGUUUCACGGCCAACUACCUUCUUUUCCAUUAUUAUUAUCACCUCUUUUGUUGUUGUUCUCCACCAUUGAAGAAGUAAAAGACAAGAAGGGACCGUCUGUGGUGCUGUUGUUUGGUGCUUGUUUGUUUUUAUGCGGAGGCUCGUGAGCCGUGUAAAUUGCAAAGCAGCCCGAACAUUUCUGCUUUCCCCGGCACGUCUGUGCGCCUUUGCUGUCGGACGGUGGAGGUCAUUCCGCGCCGCGAAGAGCGGAUUCCUGCCUGGCACGAUCGCUUCAUGCUUUCGCUCGACGGCCUUGGAAAGAUACGUGACAGCAAAAAGGUCGAUUCGAUUUCAUGAAAAGAGGGACUUCUUAGAGGGCAAAAGAAAAAAUGCAUCGGAAGGAUGGACCCUCGCCAAAGGACGAGGCGGAUGAGGACGACGACGGCACGAGCGCCUUCACCGGCACCUCCAACCCCAACCCCGUCGAGGCCGAGGGGGAUCACUGGCGCCCUCAGACCGACGCCGCCAGCAACAGCAGUGACAGCGGUGCCCGCAACUUCCACCGCGGCGGCCUUCGAAUUGAACUCCCACACAGCAGCAGCCCGCCAUGCACUGCACCAGCCUCGCCUGCGGAGGCCACAACGGCCACGACGAACGAGUCCCAGCGCACCGCCGUGUACCGCAACCCUGACAGCGUCGCCUUUCAUCGCGAAAUGGAAGAGUGCACGCCGACUUCGGUCGCGGAGCAGCACGCCCGUCAAUCUGCCAUGGCGCUCUUACACGCCGAUAUCUCCAGCAAAGCCCACUUGUCGCUAUCGAUGGGCCCUGCGAGCUCCCGGCCGCCACUGCACACGUCGCAGCCAUCCCUCAGCCCUGCAGUGGCCGGCGGCUUCGAGAUGUCCGAGGUGCCGAAAAAGAAGACCGCGCUGCAGCAGCUCUUCAACGUGCGCACACGCAAAAACCGCAGCACCCUCUCGUCAUCGAGUCACGCCUUCCUCGCUAACUCCUGCAUGGAGGCACGCGAAACAUCAGCCGCGGUGGAUUUCACGAGCGGCGGCGAUCAAGAGCCACACCUGCAUCCGUCCGUGGCGAACAUCUCCUCCACCCCACGGCCCAGCAGCGUCAACAGCGAGCCGCAGCUUCCGCGACCGCUGGGUUCGAGUCGUCUUGCCGCGUCGUUGAGCUCGAUGGAGCGACUGCACGGAGGAGCCUCGAGCACCACCCAUCCUCUGCCUCCUAUGCCAGCCUCCAUUCCCCUGACUUCAUCGUCCGUCGAUGCUGCCGCUGCACCGCCCGGCGCCACGGACGAUGACGCAGAAGACAGCAGCAGCAGCUCCGGGCAGAACAUCGGCAUGGAGGCGGUGCUGCGUGAUGCAUCCAAAGUCCGCGGCAUCCGCCUGACCUGGCUGCUGUACCUGCUGACCAUCAUGGUCAUCGUCCUCUUCACCCUGCUGCUCGUGCAGAUCAUCUACGAGUCGAAUCGCACGCUGGUUCGAACCACCACGCAGGCGGUUCGGGCACAGGCGUCCCUUUUGCUAAACAGCGUUGACUUGGAGGAGUACGCCUUGACGAACGUCUUCGCGCGUCUACACGAGCUGAGUACGACAGGCGGCGAUUCGAGCAACAGCACCUACGUUGGCGCGCGGGACAGCCUGUGUUCUCGUCUCUACGGUGCACCCAUGGCCUUUGCCACGUACAACGCAGCCGGCGACAUGGUUUGGCGGAUGCGUUGCAGCCUGUACCCGUCGUUGAAGAGCUACUACAUGCUGCCAGAUAAGAUGAUACCGAGCGUGGAAGCGGUGCGCAUUACGGACUACACGUGGGACACCACUCUAGCUCAGCGGUCCUACUACAACGAAACAGACGGCACAGUCAAUACGUUUGUUAUGCUGAUGGACAAGGACACGGUGGGGCGCACACUGAUGAGCAACAACUUUCCGCAGUACAGCACCUCGACCUUGCAGUACGUCACGGCGGCCUUUCUCACGCGCAUGUGGAACGGGACGGAGCCGAAAAUUCUCUUUCACACGCUGACCGAAUCCAGACAGACAUACACGGCGACGGAGAACGGGACGGUGCGGGACGGUCUGGCAGAGUUGUUCCACGCCAUCUGCUAUGAAGGCUCCCCUUACGUUUGGCACACGGUGACGCAUUACCGCGCCGGGGACUCCUCUGCCAGCGGCGACGACGAUGACCCGCCGAAGCCGAGUGCGCGAUGGCCCCUGACGACGACAAACGCCAUUCCCUCCCCUCACUUAGAGUACGGCCGCUCGUGGGGUCAGCUGUCGCUCGCAAACCUCUGCGGCGUGCAGUGCUCCGGCGGCGCCGACGACACGACGUGCGAUUUCGACAAUCCAACAAAUAUUUGGUUCGUCAUCGAGUACUCGCUGAUAGGACAGAACAGCUUAUCAAGCAUUCUGAAUGUGGUCGGAGUGGUGAGUAUCGUCGCGCUUGUCAUCUUUAGUUUUGUGUUGUUUCUCGUGUACAUCAGCAUCACCGUGCCGGUCAACUUCCUACGCGUGCAGCUGCUGAAGGCCGUUGGCGCGACCGACACGCAGACAAACCUACAGCGCAAGAUUGUGCGUUGGACGUGCCGGCUGUGGCUCGGCGACCUCACCGCCGUUGUUCGCUCUAUUCACAUCCUCAGCCUGUGCUUUCAGCUUAACAAGAAGUACGUGCCCGACCACGUCCUGCGCAACCACGCCGCGCAGCUGUACCUGCGUCGACGGAAGUUCAACUUCCUGGAGGACGUGGACCUGAAGGAGGACCACACCGACCGCGACGACACGGAGUCGGAGAGCGACUUGGGUCCGGCGCUGGCAGUGGCGCCGCUGCCCGGCGUCAGCACCGUCAUGCCCGCUGGUGAGAGCCGCUUUUUGUGGCGUUUCGGCGCGUCAAACGAGGCGGACGCGGCGGCGCGUCACUCCGCUGAUUUCGAGGCGCUUGCUCUGAGCGAGAAUCAAAGCGGGGCAACAACAGCCGGAGCAGCAGCGGUGCGACCCGCAAUCGGAAACGUGCCUCCGCUGACACACCCGCGCGGUUUAGGCGGCAGUGUCAGCCCGGUUGCCUUUGUGAAGUCAGCCAAAUCGAUGGCGCGCAUGUCGACCUCGGCAAACGACUCCGUCAUUCCGCCGUGGCCCAUGGGUGAGGUGGAUAGCAGCUUCCUCUUGGGCAGUGGCGGAGGUGGCGGGACGGAGCAGGAAUUGUCGCUGGCGAUGAGUACGGUGCUGAACCCCCGCAACAGCCUCAACGCCAUGGCAAUUCGGCGGGAGUCAGAGUCCACUAUUUUGUGCGUGCGCAUCGCGAGUGUGGAGCUGGCGUACCUGCUGAACUACUCCGCCGCCGUCGUGCAGCACCGACGAAUCAUGCGGAUUCUGCUGCACCGCAUACGCCGAUACAAGGGCGCCCUCUUCCACCGGUCCGGCGACAGCCUGGCGGCGGUGUGGAACGCCUUCGAGGGCUGCCCGAACCACGCCGAGAUGGCUGCGAUCUGCGCGCAGGAAAUCGCCAACGCGUUUGCACCGCUUCGCGUCGAUGGGCUGCACGUGGGGCUCGUGCUGCACCAGGGCUCGCUGGUCUGCGGUACUGUCGAGUACUCCAAGGCCGCCUUCGUGACCGCGUUUGGGGACGGUCCACGCGAGGCCUUCGCGCUGGUGGAACUCGCCUCGACGGUCGGCUCGCUGAACGUCAUUGUCACGGAGCCGGUGAAGCAGAGCCUGUCGGGCCUGUACAACUGCAACAUCGUCGACGUCAUCCAGCUCCCCAACUCGACGCACCCGCUGCUGCUCUUUGAGCUGGGCAGCAGCCGCUGCCACUACCCGGCCACGCCGCCAACGCCGCGGGCUCAGUUCGCCGUGGAGUACGCGCGCGUCUUUUCGCAGUUCCGCAACCACGAGUUCAGCGAGGCCCUGCAAGGGAUCGAGCACAUCCGCGCAAGCCUGAGAAUCUCGCACCACGAGCACCUGCUGCGACGGCUCGAGCGACUGUGCUUCUUCUUUGCGACGGCGCCGGCCGCGCUGCCCUACCCCUACACCCGCGCCUUCCCUGCUUGGGUAAACUACGAGGCGAUUGCGCAAGCAGGCCUGCGGAAUGACGCCCACUUCCACGCUGCGCCCUUCAACAACAGCUUCAUGUCGCACAGCUUUAUGGAGGGGGUGGUGUACAAGGGCGUGCCGACGGUGCGCAACGAAGUGGAGUACAUCGAGGACUUUAAGCAAGAGCUGCAGGAGAACAUGCGGCGCACGGCGCAGAAAGGGAACGGGUCGCCGACGCUGGACGAGUCGAGCACGCGACCGCACGUCACACCGCAGCCGAGUCCGUCCAUGCGGCCGGCCGCAGACCUGACUUCCAUGAGCGAAGAACGCGCCGUGUCCGUGGGCAGCGGGAUUGAGCUGAUGGAUAGCCACAACAACAACAGUAAUGUUUACUCGUCCGCCGCAUCACCUAAAUCGCGGCACGUAGACGUGACUGGCUGGAAAACAGCUGGAGUCGCGGUCACGGCAGCAGCAACGACUCCCAUCGAGGUGCCGACGCCGAUCGCAACCAGCGUGGCAGCAGCGGUGCCGCCGCUCUUCAAUCUUCCGAGCUCGCCGGCGGUUCCACUGCUGACCUUUGACGCGCUGCACCUCAGCGGUACCGCCGAGCCGGUCGUCAUAGCAGAUCGCGCGUCGUCGUGCUGCUCGUCAGCUCACACGAUGGACUCCCCACGCGACGUCUUCGCGCUGUCCAACCGCUUCGCCUUGACGCAGCGCGUGACGAAUCGACCGCCCGUCGCGCUCGCUGCGGCCUCGCCGACGGUGAUGCUAGACCUGACGGGGGAGCGGCCGGUCGCGGAGAGGCAGGGACAGCACGGCAACGGCAACCUCAACGACAGCAUGAGCAACUCGAACAUUCAAUCAGCCGACAUGUCUUUCAAGCGCUCCGUGAAUAAUGAGCUGAUGCUGAAUGGUGGGGGGAGCGGUGUUGGCACGAACACGCACACAAAUAUGCACAGCUUCAGCGUUAGCAGCCCCAACUUGCCGGCGGAGAUAAAGGCGAAGAGCGGGACGACGUACCUGCGCAGCACACGCAUUCUCGGCAAGGGAUCCUUCGGCUGCGUGUACCUGGGCAUGGACGCCCACUCGGGUCGCCUGGUCGCCAUCAAAUUUCUCCCGAUGCCGAGAGAUGAGUCCGGCGUGGAAGAGAUUGAGGCGGAGGUGCUCAUUCUGCAGCGUGUGAACGACACACACGUCGUGCAGCUGCUGUCGUACGCCUUCGAAGGCGACACCAUCGUCAUCAUCAUGGAGUGCAUGCUGGCCGGGUCGCUGCAGAACAUGAUCUCCGCCUUUGGCGGCAUUCCCAGCUCCACCGCGCGGGUUUUUAUGCGCGAUGUGCUGCGUGGGCUGUCGAAGAUCCACUCGAUGGGGGUCAUCCACCGGGACAUGAAGCCGCAGAACGUGCUGCUGAGCCUCGCGGGCAACUGCAAAAUUUCUGACUUCGGCGCGUCCGCCUGGCUGCAGGAGUUAGCGCGAAAGGAGUCGCAGGGACAGGUCUGCGGCACGCCGGUGUACUUGGCCCCUGAGGCGGCGCGCGGCAGCUCUGCAAAGGAGAGCGACAUUUGGAGUUGCGGCAUCAUGUUCCUGCAGAUGAUCACGGGGGCGCUGCCGUACCCGCCAGAGCAGCUGUCCGCCGGAGCGGCGGUGCUCGUUUUUCAAAUUGGCAGCGGCAUCGCCCAGCCGCAGAUCCCAGACAACUUGGAUGUGCUGGACGCAGAAUUUGUGCGGGCGUGUUUGCAGGAGGAGCCGCGCAAGCGACUGACCGCGGCGGCGCUUCUCCAGCUGCCGAUCUUCACCGUGUAG